AUGUAUACAAGUCUAUCUUCAGAUGUUGUUGAAUAUUGCAACAAAUGUAUCGAUCACUUCCAGACAUAUGCAAAUUCCAUCGAUGCUGUUCAAUUAGUCGAUGGAUCAUGUGCACAAAUCUUCAGUUAUUGCUCAUCAUUAUCUGAUCGUCUUCAAGAGGUGCAUACUCUAAUGAGUAAAGAAAACUUUCGUUUUUACAUUAAAGUGCGUACCGCACUCGAUGUCCAGGCAAGAGUUAUCCACGAUGAGCUGUAUUCUGUUUAUGGUGAUCAAGCUCCGGGUCUCAGUACCGUAGAAAGAUGGUCCAAACUGUUUCGAGAAGGUCGAGAAGAACUUGAAGAUGAUGCAAGAUCUGGCAGACCAAUCAGCGAAACGACACCUCAAAAUAUUGAACAAAUUCGCCUUCUCAUCGACGAUGAUCCUUAUCUCACGAUAGAAGAAAUACAAGAAGAAACUGGUUUCAGCUAUGGCACGAUUCAGCGAAUCCUCACCACUCAUCUGAAUCUUAGGAAGAUCACUGCACGCUACGUACCUAAAGAACUCACUGAUUUGCAACGAGCCGAAAGAGUGCGGAUAUGUAAAGAAAACUUGGAAAAAAUUCAACAAGGGACAUGGCGAUUAUGCGAUAUCAUAACUGGUGACGAAUCGUGGUUUCGUCCUAAACAGCUCGGUCGAAAGUCAUCACAUGCAGCGUGGAUCAGAAGAGGAGAUCCUCCACCCACUGUAGUCCGACAGAACAGACCUUCGUACGGAACUCGUGGCAUCAAGUUUCAUCAUGAUAAUGGAAAACCGCAUGUUCACAACAAUGUCCUGGCCUACCUUGAGUCGGAAGGUCUCACGGUGGUACCGCAUCCGCCUAAUUCUCCUGACUUAUCCCCAUGCGAUUUUUGGUUAUUCGACUUGAUCAAAGAGAAUCUGCCCGAUCAGAGUGAUUCGCAAUCGUUGCAUGAUGCUGUGAUUAGUUUCAUGAAUUCUCUAAGCAACGAGGAAUAUAAAAAAACAUUUGAAAAAUGGAUUGAAAGAAUGCAACUGUGCAUUGAUAACCAAGGUGAUUAUUUCGAACAUUUGAUGAAAUAA